AUGUCUCAGUCCCAGGCUGAGGCCACGCGACGAGCAGCUUUACGCUCAGGACUGUGGGAAUCCACAAGCCUUGCCAAGAGACUGCGAGAAAAGGCCUUCCAGGGGGGAGAAAUGCCGCCCCCGGAGGGAGGUGGCUGCUGGGGCGCGGCCCGUGCGUCUAUGUGCCGUGCCGUGCCGUGCCGAGCCGUGCGGAGCAACGAGCAGCGCCAUGGCUUUCGCGCGCUGGUGCAGGGUGACAAGAAGGCAAGUGGAACUUCUUCCAAAUCAGGAGAGAAAAAAGAAGCAACGGAGAAGUCAGCAAGUGCUAAUGUCAGUCAGCCUCCUAAAACGCAGACAAGUGGAACACCGUCUGCUGCUAAGAAGCAGUCUCCCUCUGCAGAUGCUUCAAAACCACCCAUUAUGAAGCCAUCUGAAGCAAAGUCCACAUCAACAAGCCAAAUAGAACCUGAGAAAACUGCACAGUUGAAGCCAUCAAACUCUCAAAAUAAUCAACCAACUGAAGAGAAGCAAAAGGAAUCCAGUGGUGCAAAAAGCCCAAUUGCACCUUCUGUGGUAACAGCUUUUAAACCAAAAAAUACGGGAAAGGAAAUUACAAGUCAAGCUGAGCGGCCUUCACAGGCAACCUCUGCAGACACAGCACAGGCUAAGACUGAACAGACAUCCACAGCAGAUGGUGCAGGUGCAGUGGGUGCAGAUGCUGUUGCAAGUAUGGUUGCUGCAGCUGAUAAACCAAAUACUGAGCCUGCCAUGGAUGAAUCAGCACUGGACAGCUUAAUAGAUACACUAGGUGGAUCUGAAGAAGAUGUGGCAACUAGACCAAUUUACACUGGUCCGGAAAUUACGGAAAAUAUUUCUUCAGAAUACUUGGAAGAACUGGGUAAACGAGAAGGUAGUCUCCCUCCAGAUUACCUUGCAUUAUUGAAGAGCAAAGUGGAUGGCAAAGAUGGAGGCCUACCAAAAGUAGAUGAACUUUCUGAAAAACCAAUGACAGAUGAUGAGCUUGCAGAUGCCCUGUCAUCUGACUUUACCUGUGGUAUUGCUGCUGCUGAAGAAAAGAAGACAACAGAGAAACAAACUAAGGAAGGAGAAAUCAUACAAGCACAAGCAGCAAGUUCAGUGAAGACUUCAGUUCCUCCUAAAGAGAAGAAAACAAAAUCAAAAGAGGAAAUCAGAGAGGAUGCAAUGGAAGCUCUUAUGGCUACUAUUGGUGGACCUGAACCUGAACCCGAACCAGAAGAUGUUAGCACUAUUGUGGAGGUGUCAGAGGCAAAAGCUAAAGAGAAAAAAGAAAAAAAGGCUGGAGAACAUGAUGAUACAAUACCUCCAGAAUACAGGCUAACUCCAGAGCUGGAUAAAGAUGGAAAACCAGUACUCCCAAAGCCUGAAGAAAAACCUAAGCCUUUGAGUGAAUCUGACCUUGUUGAUGAAUUUUCAAAAGACUUUGCCAGCCCUGCACAGCCUACAGUACAAUCCAAACCAUCAAAGUCCAGCAGCACAUCCAAAAAGCCAUCAGCUCCUGCAUCUGCAAAAACUGCAAAGGAUGAAGUAGUCCCUCGUGCCACAGCUUGUUCUGUGCAGUCUUCAGCUCCAACAUCUGUGUCUUCUGCUGGUCAUGUAGCUGAUGAAGCACUAGAAGCCUUGUCCAGUGGUCUAGGAAAGAGGGAGGCUGAUCCAGAAGAAAAGAAACCUGCUGUGGACAAAGUUAAGGAGAAAACCAAACAGAAAGAACACAAAGAAGGUGAAGAAACAAUUCCUCCAGAGUACAGAUCAACAGAUGAAAAAGAUAAAGAUGGAAGACCACUGUUAAUAAAACCUGAAGAAAAGUCCCAGCCUAUGAGUGAAAACGAUCUGUUAGAAGGUUUGACAGAAGGAUUUUCUCCAGCCCAAUCUGCACCAUUACCUACACAAACUGUAAGAAAGAAAACUAAAUCGGGUAAAAAAACUGCAGAUUCUUCAGAUGUUAUCUCUGCUUCUACAAUUUCCUCAGUGCACUCAGCAGCUCCUCUUGCUUCUACGUCGGGAGGAAAAGAGAUGGAUGAUGCCUUGGAUCUCUUGUCUGAUUCUCUGGGACAGAGAGAACCUGAUCCUGAUGAGAACAAACCAGUUGUGGAUAAAGUACAGGAAAAAACUAAAUCUGAACAUAGAGACAAACUUGGAGAAAGAGAUGAUACUAUUCCACCUGACUAUCAAAAGCUUCUGGAGUCAUCUGAUGAGGGUAAGCCUGUCAAGCCAAUACCAAAGGAUCCUUUGAAAAAAAAGGAACAGAAGAAGCCUACAGAUGAGUCUGCUGCUAUCGAUGCCCUGUCAGGUGACUUUGAUACUAGUCCAAAGACUUCUGCCACACCACAGCACUCAAAGGAGAAAAGUGGAAAGGAAUGCGUCACCACUAAAGCAACCUCAAAGGAUGAAAGAAAACCCAAGGAUCAUAAAAAGGCAAGGGGACAGUCCUCCAGCAGCAAAUCUGAGAAGCAGAAAACAAGCUAAACGUUAACCUUUCUAGGAUGUUGGCACGUGAUGUGAAGAGCCUUCUUUUUACUGGGGAUAAUUAUUGCUGCAAAAGCUGGUGCAAAAAGCAUGUAGCUAUUCUAGUUGUUUUUUGUACUGUGGUAUUUCCUGGACUUUUUUCAUAUUUUCCUUUUUUUCCAGUAGUAGAUUAGUUUUUUUUCUAGCCUUUCAUUUUAUUGUACUGAUACGCUUUAAUUUUUUUUUGUAAUUUUCUUGAGUUCUCAAAGGAAGAGGAUGCUUUAUAUUUGUAAGAAGUAUAUUUCAGAAAUUAAUAGCAAUGCCAAAAAGAAAAUGCAAACUUUUGCACAUAAUCUCCACAUAGUGCCUGUAAAUCUCAGAAGAAUUUGCAUGUGCUAGCAGUUUUAACAUUGCAGUGAGUGUAAUGAGUAUUCUGGAAUAUAAUGAGCUUUAGUUAUCACCAGUGCAUCUCAGCCUGGCUGUACACAGUCUUUCCUGACUUUUUCUUGGUAAGAAACCACAGAUAAGCUGUGGAGGUGUAAGGAAUGAGAAACUGGUGAUCAACUGCUUCAUCAGGAGUAAUAAAACAGGUAGUUUUUGAUGAUGCCUUAGCUGCAGCUAAAACCAUAGCAAAACCACUCCAGAUAAUAUGGAAUUUCUUUUUUUUUUAAUUGCAUCUGUGCUCUCUCAUGAUUUCAGGAGUCUCAUGGACUGAAAAAAUAAAAAUCACUGUGUACCACCAACACCAUUAUAAUCACACAAGAGGAAAAAAAGGUGCAUAAGCCUUUGCAGAGAUCAAAGAGAAAUUAAAGUUGACAGCUGGGCUAUUUUGUUUGUUUGUUUGCUUUUCCUUUUUUGCUGUUUCUGUUCCUUGUUUCUGUUCCUCACACUCCAAGAGAGAAUGCAGCAGAACAGAAUUUAAUGGAGCAAGGAACAAUGUCAUUUUCACCAAGUCAUCAAGAUAACAGGCAAGAGCAGGCACCUUCUAGUACAUCCGCUGCAGGUAGAGCUUUUGGGACCUAGGCAUACCAAGUUCUUCCAUUUGUUUACCUCUGUCUUCAUUACUUGCAAAACAUCUUUUUGCACAUCCUUACACAUGUACUGCUUCGCUGUUAGCUUACAGAAGAAGGUCAUACUAGGGGUCAGUAUUUGCAAUGAUUCCAUUACCAGAUUCUAGUAUGAAGUGUGGCAGACAGAGGUGGCCUUGAGGUGAAAGUUGGAGGAUAAUCAGAAUUUUGACUGUACUCUGCAGUCUGUACUGGGAACCUGUGUCACACUAAUAAAGUUUUAAAGAAUGCA